GGCCCACCUGUCGAAACGAGGCUUCUCCAAGCUGCCACCGCAGCCGGAUUGCUGCUGGCUGCUCCCCCACUCCCCGGCCCCUCUCUUUAUAGCGGAUUUCCACCCCCGCCGCGCCGGCCAGCCACAUGUGCCUCGCCGCCGCCUCCCCCUGGCGCUGCUGCCGCUCGUUCUUGCCCUCCUCCGCCGCGCUCCCGCGACGCUUCCUCCGCGGCCUCCUCGGCGGCCCCGCCCCCACGAGGCCGUACCCGCCGUCGGCGACUAAUCUGCUGCGGCGCUGUAUCCCGUUCCACCGGAUGGCGCAAUACUGGACUCAACCAUCACUGGACAAGAACAAAGCUUUGGUUGACUACCUAAAGCAGUAUGGUGCCGUUAGGACUGAUAAAGUGGCUGAAGUAAUGGAAACAAUUGAUAGAGCGUUAUUUGUGCAAGAGGGUACCCCUUACAUUGACAGUCCUAUGCCAAUUGGUUUCAAUGCGACAAUAUCUGCUCCUCACAUGCAUGCGACCUGCUUGGAACUACUGAAGGAUCAUUUGCAGCCAGGCAUGCAUGCUCUGGAUGUGGGAUCAGGUAGUGGCUACUUGACAGCUUGUUUUGCAAUGAUGGUUGGACCAGAAGGCCGUGCGGUGGGAAUUGAACAUAUCCCUGAAAUUGUUGCUUCCGCUAUUGAAAAUGUCCAAAAAAGUGCUGCAGCUCCACUACUGAAGGAUAGGUCGCUCUCUUUUCAUGUUGCAGGUAUGCUAACUGAUGGCAGGCUUGGCUUUCCAGAUGCUGCCCCCUACGACGCGAUCCAUGUGGGUGCGGCGGCACCUGAUAUCCCUCAGCCUCUGCUUGAUCAGCUGAAGCCUGGUGGUCGGAUGGUCAUACCAGUGGGCACCUACUUCCAGGAUCUGCAGGUGGUGGACAAGAACGCUGACAGAUCGAUCAGCAUCCGGAACGACGCCUCCGUGCGCUACGUCCCUCUGACCAGCCGCUCGGCCCAGUUGCAAGAUCCCUAAAGGCCCUACUGUUCCCGAGUCUGGACCUCGGGAUGUCUCUGUCUGUAUAUAUGAUCCCACAUUCUCGCUACGAUGUGGAGCAUCAAGUUUCUUCUUCUGAAUAGCUAGGCAGUUUUAGUUCGUUGUUGGUUAACCAAUAAUGUUGAAGAACGUGUGCUUUCUGCAAUAAAAUGGGUUCCCAGUA